AUGUCAGACGAAGAAAAAAAUCAGGGCAACCAGCAGCCUGCAAAGGGAUCCCAAGCUGAAGCAGAAAACAGACCAAACACUCAACCACACUCUGCAGAAACGCCACAGACGUUUGACGGUCUCCCGUCAAUGAGAGCAUACGACACAGCGUAUCCGCCACUCAACCAAUACUCAAGCACUCUUUUGCUGCUGCUGAAACCAAUUCAACCCCUCAAUCCUCGCCAGACCUCGGCGUGGCUGUCAGUGCCGUCAGCAGCAACUCCAGCACCUCCCAGCUCUUUGAAUCACAUUAUGGUUAUGGGAGGCAGUGGCUCUCAAAUACCUUCGACUGGCCCAGGUCUUCCACAUAACAAUUACUCGUAUGGUAUGGGUGGUAGGUAUGGCACUCCGGGCGCAUCCGAGUCUGCUUCUGGUCAUGGCUAUGGAGAAAAUAACCAAGCACCAAUGCAUGCUUCUACAAGCACAGUAGCUGAUACCCAACAAGGUGGUAAAAACUCUUCGGGCGCUGAGAGGGCUCGUUUGCGUGUCAACAAAGCUUGUGAGCGCUGCCGUAACCAUAAAAUUAAAUGCAGCGGGGUCAAGCCAUGUACCAAUUGCGAGAAGCAUAGCGUUGAAUGUGUGUUCAGAGAUGCCUCCCAGCCAGCGAACCCUUCUUCCUCAAAAGCAAACGCAGCGAUGUCGUCUUCGUCGAUUGCUAGCAACGAUGGACAAUUGUUUAAUGGCGAAUCUUCUCCAAAAAAGCUGUAUGAGUACCCUCCUCGAAAGAAACACAGACCAGACUUACUGUUUGCCAACUUUGAUCCGGGACACUCGCUUUUCCAGGCUCCGGCACCUGCAACUCCUGAUUACCUGUCCCACGCUCUUCCUGUUGUUCAAAAAAAUUAUGCGGAUCCUUCUUACACGGCGUACUUGGAAAACCGAGUUCACUACUUGGAGAACCUCCUUUCAGACCAUCUGAAUGGCCAUGCAAAGAAUGUCGGGACGAUUAAUACAGAUACCCUAGAUGUUGCAGACUUGAUGCGCCACACAGCUUCAAAGUGGCGUUCAAGUCGACGCCAUCAAAACGCGUUGGUCAUUGAGUUGUGCAAGGCCUUGUAUGAGGGUCUCGAUCCUGAGGCAAAGCUGAAGGUUACUGUUCCUCGAACACAAUACUUUGGAUGGAAUCUCUCUGGUUGUAACUAUAUCAAACCAGAACCUCUUCCCUCUAUGCCAGAUCUUAAGCUUCUCAACGAAGCCACAAAGGCUCAUUACAUUGACUUCUUCUUCCGUGAGAUAAACCCGUUAUACGCAAUUAUUCACGAAACUGUUUUCAGAGAACAAAUAGUGGCAUACGAUAAACAAUCUAAGGCGUCCGGAACGCAAACAAAUGUAACGGCGUUGUUUCUGGCCAUGUUGUGUCUCGUUUACGCUUUGAGUAAUCGUUUCGUACAGUUCAUGAAGCCUGAUGGCCCCAGUAUGGAAAUGCUUCGAUUAGAAGAGCGGCUAUUCAAGUAUUCUCACAAGGUAAUGCUGAUUUUCAGUUUCGAAUGGGAGUCAUUCGAGUUAAUUCAGUGCUGGAUGCUUGCAACACUAUACUUGCGUAUCACACACAGACAAACUUCUGCCAAUCAAGCAUUUGGAAACGCUGUGAGCAUGUGCCGUUCUAUGGGCUUGUUUAGGGAUAGAAAGUUAACCGCUGAUGUCUCAUCCUACGAUUUGUUGAAAGCAAAGCGUGUAUUCUUUUCGCUUUACUGUUUUGACAGGGUCAUUUUUCUACAAGCUGGUCGUUAUAGAGCACUCAAUGAGUUUGACAUAGUCCGUCCUUUCCCAAGUUUUGAUUAUGUGAAAGAGUCAGCAGGUGACGACUGGAUUACCUUGCCUGCGUUUGCGAUGAUACACAUCGCUCGUGUGGCCAACUUUCUACACACUAAUAGUUCGGAUAAUUAUGACUUGCUUAAAUCACAACAGAUAAACAAGGAGAUAUAUCUACUUCAAGGAUGGCUUGCAGAGAAUGGGUUUGAUGAUGUUCAUGAUAUCUUCCCGUAUGAAGGCUGUGGAGGUCCUGUCUCACAUAUGGUCAAGGCCGUUGUUAAACUCCAUUUUUAUGAUUUGUUGUUGGCGAUUCAUGGAAAGCUCCUUUUUAGUUAUUUUGGAAAAAGAAUUGCAUCAGAGGGAAUGCAAAUCGAAAGAGUGGUCGAAGCCAAUGAGGGGGUCAUAUUCUUGCUCAACAAACUAAAAAAUGCUGACUGUCUCUAUGCUCCGUGGUACUUGAAUCUCCUUGUCUUGUUCAAUGUCGGUAUUAACUGUCUUGUAUUCAUCAAUGCUGGUGUCUAUCUUGUGGAAUCUCGUCGACUCAUGAAGGAGUCCAUGAAUCUACUCAAAACAUUCCAAAACUCAGCAGUGAGGAACGAAAAAGGAAAGCUUAUAUUUCAUGAGCGCUUUAAGAUGGUGAAGGAGUGCAUUUGGGUGUUCAAGAUGACCAACAAGAUCAUGUCGCUAAGUUUCCAGAAGUCUCUUGCCGACUUUGAACAGUUUGGCACCGAUCCAGGCCCUGAUGAGGUCAAUCAACAGUAUUUCACGCAGUUUGGCCUCAUGAAGCAGAAGAAAAAGGAUGACUUGGAGAAGCUAAUGGAAGACCAGAGUAAAAGAGAUUUCACCGAGAGAACAAAAAACAUCAACGACGAGACUUCUCCAGGUGUCGUGGCAUCCCAGCCGGCUUCUGAUGCUUUUGGAAACGACAAUUUCUUAAGCAACCUUCAGUGGUUUGACCAAUGGCUUGACUUUAACCAAGAUAUGUAA